AUGCCACGAGGUCAGAAGAAGAAGCUCCAGGCCCGUGAAAAGCGUCGUCGGGCCCAAGGUGAUGCUCAGGACUGUGGGGGCGCUAAGGAAACAGCAGUGGUAGCAGAAGAGUCCACUCCAUUCUCCAAGAGUAUACCUGAGUCACGCAGCACUGCCCAAAGGCAUCAGAAAGCACAAUGUGCCAUAGCUACUGCUGCAGCUAUUUCUGCACCACCAUCUACUCCUACUGAUGUACCUAUUCCUGCAGCACCAUCUGUUGCCCCUGCUGAGGCCACUGUUCCUGAAGCACCAUCUAUUGCCCCUGCUGAAGUCACUGUUCCUGAAAUACCAUCUACUGUCCCUGCUGAGACCACUGUUCCUGAAUCACCAUCUACUGCUCCUACUGAGGAGGCUGUUUUUGCAGUUCCUACUGCAGCUAUGGCUAUAAAAAAAAGCACUUCUGAGGCAACCCCCUCCACUGAUAUUUCAUACCUAGAUCUUGUAGCCAAAAAGGUUACGUUGCUGGAGCAGUUUCUACUCUAUAAGUAUAAUAUAAAGCAGCUCACUACCAAGGAAGAUAUGCUGAAGGUUAUCAGCAAGAAAUAUAAAAAUGAGUUUGCUGAGAUCUUCAGAAGAGCCUCUGAGCACCUCGCAGCUCUCUUUGCAGUUGAAGUGAGAGAAGUUGACUCAAGCCGUCACUCAUAUAAGCUUGUCAGCAAGAUGAAACUCCCUAACAACGGGAGGAUUCGUGCAGGCAGGGGGUUACCCAAGACUGGUCUCCUGAUGAAUGUCCUGGGAAUGAUCUUUAUGAAGGGCAACUGUGCCUCUGAAGAAGACAUCUGGAAAUACCUAAAGUUGAUGCGAGUUUAUCCUGGCAAGAAGCACUACAUCUAUGGAGAGCCCAGGAAGCUCAUCACUCAAGAUUUGGUGAGGCUGAAGUACCUGGAAUACCGGCAGGUGCGUGGCAGUGAUCCUCCACGCUAUGAAUUCCUGUGGGGUCCCCAGGCCCAUGCUGAAACCAGCAAGAUGAAAGUCCUGGAGUUUUUGGUGAGAGUAAAUAAAACUGCCCCUAGUUACUUCUCGUCCUUUUAUGAAGAGGCUUUGAAAGAUGAGAAAGAAAGAGCCCAAAUCUUAGAGGCAGCCAAGUCUGGCACCACUGCCAAAAUUAGUGCAAGUUCUUUGGCCAUAUGUCCAGCACCAGAUCCUACCCAGGUUGAAGUUUGA